AUGAGUGGUCCAAGAAAUAGGUACGGCAGGCGUUCUCCCUACCAGCAUCGUCAGCACCAAACGCAAUCGCAUUUUCAACGCUCACAUAGCCAGGAGAACAGAGAGUCUGCGAAACUUUCACGCGUACACCUACUUCUUUCACGUAUACGCGACGAAAAUGACCUGGUUUAUUCCAGACGUCUAUCUCACGUGCAUCAGCUUACGUCUCUAUUGGCGGACCCUUGUUCAACUUGGGAAAAAGUACAAAUAUUUGAAGCAGUUACUCGAAUACAAGGAAAUUCAUCAGGAAUUGAAAUAGUCUUUGAAGAUAUUAGAGCACCAGUCAACUUCAAAACCGCCGUGGCAAAGUGUUUGGCCUUAAUUGCUUUCAACUUAAAUACUGAAAUAAAUACAUACUUUCGUUGGUUAUUUGAAAGGUUACAGAUAACCAAUACAAAUUCUAUUGAAAGGGAAAAAGAACGUAAAUUUUGGAUAUUAUUCUCCCUUAAAGAGGUUCUCUCACGUAAUGUUUCAGGAACUAACUCACAGAAUACUUUGACUUCGGGGCCUUUCCAGCAAUAUAUUCCUGGACUUCUUCAGGAUUUGGAAAGUUUACUAGACUCAAUGGACAGUUCGGAUUUCUUUCCGGGAAUUUUAGAAGUUUUGGAAAAAAUAGCGGAAAAGUAUCCUCAAGAAUUCGGUGAUCGAUUUAAGGAUGUAAUUGAUCUAUUGGUUGGAUGGUAUAUUGAUAUAUCAGUUUCGGGCUCUCUUCAUAGUCUUAUUGCAGAUACCUUCAAAAAGUUACGACCUUUCUGGUCUCAAUAUUUAAAUUUUUCAUAUGAGCUGAUGAAUCAUUUUUUGGCAGACAUGGAAGUAUUAUCAGGUGUGACAGUGUCUCAAGAAGGACCUCAAAUUGAUAAACAAACAAAGUCUGAAGGCGAGACAAUGCCGAAUCUUAAGGCAUUGUUAAGUUGUUUUCAUGCAGUAGCCGAUGCCGUUGGAACAAUUUUACCACAAGUUACAUUAGAUGAGCUUGAUGAAACAACAGUUUGUGAGAACACGCACCCAUAUGAUCGACUUCGCGCUUGGAUUAUCAAGUUCAUAUUGGUUAUAGGAGAAAUGUAUAUGGAUAUUGAAUGGUUCGAAAAAGGUGCAAAUUGCAGAAGUUUUUUGACUUUUCAUCCAGGAAAUCAAAUUAUCCAAACAUUGAGCAUGACGCGUAAACCGUUGUUUAUACAACAUCAAAUUCAAGCAGCAAAAUUUUGGCUGUUGCAAAUUCAGGAUGGUUUUCAUAUAAAUAUCUCAAUACAAAGCGUGGAUGAAUGGUUUGAUGGAUUUCUUCAGGUUCUGGUACAAUGGAUACCUUCUAUUCAUCCUGAGGUUAUAUAUAUCUUAACGAAUCCAGAUUCUGCGUUGAUGAAACUUCGUUGGAAUUCUUAUGGCGCUCGUUUAAAUUCAGACUUGCUGGAUAUUUUGCAUAUUGUUCUUCAAAAUCAAGUUUCUAUCAUUCCCCGAUCUAAAACUAAUGAAAUGACUUUGCUUCAUCAAAUAACUAUUGAAAUUGGUAUUAUGAUGAGAUUAGUGUUUCGUUCGGAUGGUUCAUCGAGAAUUUCUUCAAAUUUACAUUGGAGGGAUAUUUUGAAGAGAAAAGAAUUUGAUCAUGAUCAAACUAUUGUUCAAUUUCUUGAAAGCCUACGAUCUCUUUUAAAUGCUAAUGAUAAGCUAUUAAAGGACUGUUCAUUAAACAUUCGAACUGCUACUUCAAUUCUUAUUUUCGAUAUCAAAAUUCUGACUGAUAUUGCAUAUUCAUGGAAUCUUAAUCGAGAGACUUUUUGGGUCUUUUAUGUGAUGUUAAAUAAGAUCGGAGAGAGUGGUCAAUUCGAUGGCUUAGUUAUGUGUACUUUGCUAAAGUCUUUACGUCAAGUGUGUCGAAGUAAAGAAUAUUUCAUGACCGAAAUUAAAAUUGAUUCUUCGCUUCCUUCUGCUUUUUAUGCAAUGGUUACUACCCUUACCGUAUUCUUGCGAUAUCCUAAUGAAUUUUCAUCAAAUGUCUUGGCUUUAGCACUUGAUUGGUUUGAUGAUAUUUUGGAAUUUUGUAAUGAUGAUCAAUUUCACACAAAAGAAAUUAACGAAAUAAUUCGAAAGGAAUUUGAUAAUGUUAUUUUUUCUUUGGUCAUUAUUGCAAGAGUUGUCAAAAAUAAUGAUAUUCGUCUUCAAAUACCUAAAAUUAUUUGUGGUUACUUUGAAGCGUUUGGAUCUCUUAAAUUACAUAAGAAUGUUUUGAUCAUGGUUGCGCACAGGUUGUUUGAUUCGGAUAUCAACGUACAAAGCGAAUUUUCAAAGUUAAUUAAUUCUAUUAAUCCUCUUUAUUGUACUUUUCAAAUUGAACCUUUGAUAGAUCAAUUUGUUGUAAAUUUCAAAAAAAAUGUUGCUUCAACACCUCAUUUAGGCAAUUUUAGACCACCACAUUUUCAGAUUGUAAUGUCUCGUCUCGGUAUGAAUGAAUUAUUAUCCUCUCAAGAUGAAUCAAUCAUCAUAAGUGAUGAAACGUAUGAAAAGGGCCAAUGGCUGCUUCGAUUAUUUCAUUCUUGUCAAUCAAUUGAGGGAUUUGACAAAGAAAAUCCUAUCGAAGAUGAAGAAAAUAUGAAAUUUGAAAGCGAUAUAGCUGGUGCAAUUGCUAACUCUAACGACCUCCUUACAUUUUGGAGUCUUUGGGAAGUCGUUCGUUACUGUGUGCUGUCUAGGUUACGAACACCGUUUGGAGGACCUAAACAAACUUUUGAUGCCUUUGAGAAGAGGCUAAAUGACUUAAUUAUUCAAGAUGUUGAUAUUCCUAUACCUUAUGGGCUCGAUGAAACGAAUAUUGAUGAGAGUUUGCAUAAUUUAAAUCAAUUACGUGAUUUAUUGAUACUGAUCGAUCGCUUGGAACUUCAAAUAUACAAUGCAGCAGUUGGAACUGCUCUUGGACGUUUGCCACAAGCUCCACGUGCAAGUAUAAUCUUUUUCAGAACAAAUCGAAAGGUUUGUGAUGAUUGGUUUUCUCGAAAUAGGUCCAGCAUUAUAAAGGGUUCCAAAAUUAUCGGUCAUGAUUCUAUGGCCAUUAGGCAUGGAUUAUUGUCUCUCGUGGAACGAGUCAACUUAUUGAAACAAGGAGCAAUUAAGAGUAGAAUGACAUGGAUGAUGGAAUACCAACAAAUUCUAAUGGAUGUUGUUCAAAGUCUCCAAAGAAUACAUGCUGCUGAUAGUAUAAUUGGCUUAUUAAAUUGGUCAAAGCGUGUUUGCAUUAGUAAUUAUGAAAAACCAGAUUCUGGUUCGUUAGGUCAACAUGAUGAGGUACAAAUGGGAGAUAAGGCUAGCGCAUCAACUUUACCACUACCACCUGUAACCCAGAGAACUUUGCUUCAGCGGAAACCAACGAACAAAACCAUUCCAAGUUCAGCUUAUUUUUAUUGGAUGAAUAGUUCUCAUUUAUUCGCGGAAGCAAAGUACGAAUUUACUGUAAAAGAGAGUAAAGAAGCUUUAAGUAACCUCUUCGAACUUGAUCCGGAAAUGCAAGUCAUAACGCCACAAGUUCAAUUUUUGACUGCCCAAAUAAUAGAUAGUUAUUGUAAAAUGGAAGAUUUAUCUUCUCUUGCUGAAUGGUUAAAUGAUUUUGAUGUCAAUGAAAGCACGCUGGAUCCCUUGACGCGGCUAAACAAGCAUUAUUUGGAAUCUUUGGCCAAAUAUCAUGUCGGAGACCAUUUAUCUGCUUGGGAACUUGUUGAAUCUAAUCCUCUACGAACAUCUGGUCAUCAUAUUAAUCUUCGUGGUGCAAACUUUAUUUAUUCUCUUUGUUUGUUCCAUGAAAAAUUGGCACAAAUUCAUGAAGCUCCUGCAUUGAAAACGCAGUCAACAUAUUUUAUUAUAAAAGCGGCUGCUCGACUUGCGCUUGAAAAUUCACUCAUAAAUACAAUUCCGUUGUUGGCCAAAGCAUCAAUUGUAAACUCAAAUGCUCAGAGUAUUCAAGAUUUUUUGGAUGAAUUUAUAAAUUGUACUAGAGGAUCUCAAAACAUGACCUUUACAAAUACGUUUAUUAAUGAUUUAGAGAUAUGGAGCGCAGUAAAUUCAAGCAUUGAUAUAGGAAACGGAAUUUCUCAACCAGAAAAACCCAUACAAAAAAAACUCGGUAUUUUUAGGCUCAAGAUGGCUAAUAUUGCAAGGAAAAGUUCUGCUUUCCAAAUGGCAAAUUCACUAUUAGAUCAUUGGAAUCAAGAUUUAUCUUCCGAAGUUAUUAUCGAGCGUGCUAAAAUAAUGUAUGCACAAGGCCACUAUCAAAAAGCUAUCAUCCGUGCUUGCUCAAUAUUUGGUGAAAAGGAACUCAUUCCUACGGGUUUUUUUGAUUCACGAGGUUUCGAACAAAAGAUCUGCCUAAAAAUUGCUAAAUGGAUACAAAAUUCGGAAACUUUUAUUAAAAACGAAACCCUUUCUGAGAUAAGCGGAUUCUUGGGUAAAACAAUAAUAAAUAAGGUUAUUAAUGAAGCUGAGCCCAUUAAUGAAAUUGAAAGUAGGUCAAUAGUGGAAGCUUGUCUAUCGUUUGCCAUUAAAGGUGAAAGUUCUUAUAAUAAAGCUUGGUUUUCGUAUGCUACAUAUCAUUACCAAAGAGGACGACAAAUACUUGAGGAACUCGGUAGUGGAAAGCCUACCAUUACUCUAAUUACCGUCUCGCGAAAUACAAUUCAAGAAGUAUUAACAGAUGAUUGGCAGAAUACAAAUCAUGACAAUCAAAUUGGAUUCGAUUUAUUAUACAAAGCAUUGUUCCAAUUGUUCAUAAGAAAAUUUGAAUCUCAUUCCAAAUUUGAAAAUGAUGAAAGAAAGGGAUCAGAGUUUAAGGAAAUUAUUCCUUGGAUUUCCGAAAAGUCAACAGAAGUAAUUACAACAAUUUUACAUAAUUUGCAAGAAGAAAUUAUUUCUUCAUACAAAUGUGCAAUAGAAGGGUAUUUUAAAUAUCUCCAAUUAGCUAACGGGGUUAGGAAAGACGGAAUAAAUAAACACGAGGAUAUUUGUAACGAACGUGUUGAAGACUCUGAUAUAACUACAGCGACUCUUAGGAUAUUAAGAUUAUUGGUGAAACAUGGAGCUUGCUUAGAGUCAGAAUUUGCUCAAGGAUUUGACUCUACUGAUUACAGAGUUUGGGAAAACAUUAUUCCUCAAUUAUUUUCGCGACUUGACCAUCCGGAACUAAUUGUUCAACAGCAACUUUGUAAACUCCUUUGUGUAAUUGCUACCAAUUCACCUCAUAUAGUCGUAUAUCAUAUAGUUGUUGCAUUAAAUUCUGGCGGAACUAGCGAGCAGAAUAAGCAAUUGCUUAGGAAAAUUGCUGACAAUUUGGAUGAUUCUAAUGGUGUAUUAAUUGCCGAUAUUCGUCAGGUUAUUAAGGAAUUUCAAAAUAUAACAGUUUUAUGGGAAGAGCAUUGGUUAAAUAAAAUUAUUGGAUUACAACUUGAUGUUAGCAAGCGAUUACAUAAAAUUGAUAAUGAAUUCGAAAGAAUUAAUGAUAACCUUAAUUUGACAUCUGAUCAUAGAAGUAAAAUCAUGAAAGAAAUUUACGACACAAUCAUGAAACCUGUAAUUUCAUCUAUUGAAAGGUUAUAUAAUACAACUAUUAUGAUAGCUUCCACGCCUCAUGAAAGGUGGUUUAAUCAAACUUUUGGAAGCAGAAUUCAUGAUGCUUUAGAAAAAUUACGUACUCCAACUUCGUGGCGUACGUAUAAAGAAGGAUGGGACCUAUUAAGAAAUGUUCAUAAGGACUUGAUGAAAGAGUUGCAGAUGAGUCGAACAUUAAAAUUGUCCGAUCUUAGCCCAUUGUUAAGCAGAAUUAAAUCUUCGCAAAUCACGAUGCCAGGAUUAAUAACAACACACCAUGAAACCAUAUUCAUACAAUCAUUUGAUGAUAAUGUUGUCAUUUUACCUACAAAAACAAAACCUAAAAAGAUAAUUCUUCUCGGUUCUGACGGUAAGCAAUAUGGAUAUUUGUUUAAAGGCCAUGAGGAUCUUCAUCUGGACGAAAGAAUUAUGCAAUUAUUACAAAUUACGAACGAUUUAUUUCAUAGAGACAAACAUGCUCGUAGCAGAAAAUUGAAAGCUAGGCAUUAUGUAGUGAUUCCUUUAGGUAAUCAUUCUGGCAUGAUUCAAUGGGUUGAGAAUGCUACGCAAAUGUUUGUUCUUUACAAGAAAUGGCAACAUCGAGAAUAUUUUGCUAAGCAUUUACAAACCAAUAAUGCGGAGAUGGUUGGUAAUCCACUUAGACCGAGUGACAUGUUUUUUGAAAAAAUAAGCAAAGCGUUAAAAAAAGAAGGAUUGGCUUCAUCUUCAUCAAGACGCAAUUGGCCAAAGUCUGUAUUGAAAUCGGUAUUCCUCGAAUUAGUUUCAGAGACUCCUUCUGAUUUGUUAGAAAAGGAAGUCUGGUCAUCUUGUUCUAGUCCUUCCGAAUGGUGGGAAAAGAGUGUAUCUUUAUCCAGGUCAUUAGCUGUAAUGUCAAUUAUAGGCUAUAUAAUUGGACUUGGUGACAGACAUUUAGAUAAUAUUUUAAUCGAUUUUGAUCGAGGAGAAGUUAUACAUAUUGAUUAUAAUGUCUGUUUUGAGAAGGGGAAAAAAUUACGUGUACCGGAGACCGUUCCUUUCCGCCUUACACAAAAUUUAGAGACCGCACUUGGCAUUACAGGAGUAGAAGGAGUAUUUAGAAUUGCAUGUGAGAACGUACUUAGAGUAAUGAAGAAGAAUAAAGAAAUGUUAAUCGCCUUACUUGAGGCUUUUGUUUAUGAUCCUUUAGUUGAUUGGAAUCAAAAUUUGCUAGAAGAUAAGGAUAAGCAAAUAAUGGAAUUUGCAGAGAAUAUUGGGUUACUAACUUCAAGAAUUGCUGAACUUAGAGCCCCACUCGAGAAAAAUCAAAUGCAAUUAUCAGAUAUCGUGUUGGAAUUUCUAGAAGCAUAUAGAAAUUUAUGGGAUAAUCAUAAUGAAAAUAAAAGAGAUGUUGAAUCAUCAGAAAAUGAGUCAAAAGAAGUUCAAAGUAUUAAAGCUGGCCCGAGUCUUAGUAAUGUCGAAAUGGAAAGUAUUAAUAAUAAUCAGUUAGAGUUGGCAAGACUGAAAUCAAUGCUUUCGCAAAGAGCAAACGAAUGUGCAUUAUGGCAUGCACAACAUGAGAAGACUAUUCAAUCUGUACAGGGACCCCUCUUACAAGUAAUGUAUAAUGAAGCUUUCGCAAGUUCGCAGGUUGGGUCAACAUUAUUUGGGAAUUUCUUGCACAUUUUGCCUACAAACGAAAAUCUCCAUCAACUUUGUUCAAAGAUUAAUCAAGACUUUUUUGGGUGGAUAAAUGAACGCAAUCAUGCAUUUAAAAAUUGUCUCGAAAGAUUACAAUUUUAUCAAACAUUAAUACUUCCGAUUAUACAAGAUUUGUUGAAGCAGGAUUAUUAUGGAAAAUGGUCACAUUUAUUAAGUGAAUUUCUGGAUUCUAGAUUUGAAAAGGAAGAUUUCCAAAAGAUAUUUGAACAUUUUAAUUUGGAGAAACCGUCUCAUCAAUUUGAAAGUAGCGUCGAUGAAAUUGCUAUGACAAACAUGAGAAAAACUGAAAUUGACAUAGAACUACAGCAGCGUCAAAUGGAAUUAAUGAGGAUCGAGUGGAUUAAUGAGACAUCGGUCGGAAACGAUGGUUCUAUUAGAAAGCAGUUUUUGGAAGAUUUAACGCAAGAUGUGAAUAUAUUCAUUAGAUUGGAUUCAUUACUACAAGAGUUAACUGCUCAAUACAGAACCAUUGAAGUUGACAUCACAGAAAUGAUUAUUACAAAGCAGUUUACAACUCCUGAAAGUAACGAAAGUGAUGUAAUAUUACAAUCUUUUAAUGAAGAUGUAACGAAUCAACAAAUUCUUUUCGCUCAAGAAUUUGAAAGAAUGAAACACAUAGUGAGUCUGUGUAAUUCGAUAUUACAUUUAGAAUCAUUCCGCAUGAUAACUGAAAAGACUAUAACAAUGGAUGUAGAUACCCUUCAAUUGGUUAAAAGGUUGGAAGGAGUUGUAUAUAGAGUAAAAUCUACAAUUAAUCCAGAAAUGGACAUUAUACAACAACUUUCUUCAUUAGAGUUUGUUCCGUCAACUGAUAAGAGAUUAUCAAGAGAACUUGAAGUGAUUGCUGAGGAAUUUCAUAAUACAUUUGGAGAAAUGCGUUCUUUGAUGCUUGACUUAAUUCUUUUGAUCGAACCGAUUAUUAAUAUUGAAGUAGACAUUGACGAUAUUGGAAAGAAUAUUCGAUCAAAAGCAAAAGAUUUCAUGCGUGAAUGGUCAAAAUUUGAAAAUGAAGCAAGUACAGUUAUAAAUAAUUCUUUAUCCGUUUUUGAUGGAAGUCAAAAAGCACAAGGUUACAAUAUUGUGGAAAGUUUAUAUCAAGAAAGCGUUCGAACCAUAUCUGAUUUUUUGAACAUAUUAUCACGCAUAUUUGAAUUUCUCUUUAAACUUUGUGAAGUAUCCGCAGGAAACGAUCAAAAUUAUUCACGUCAGCAAAGCGCUUCGUCUCUUGAAAUUUCUAGCAUCCCGAAACAAUCCAUCACAUCUUCUGGAACCAACUUAGAAAUUGAUGGUGCACAGAUCUCGGCAUCUACUGAAGCAAAUCGUUUUCAAGAUUGUACAAGUGAAUAUGUAGACCAAAAUGAAGUUUAUAGCAAUCCAAUUUCUUCACAAAAAGAUGAUCAAGCACAAUCAUUAAAAGACAAUAUAAUAAGACGUAGUUCAUUAAUUAUUGCUGAAGGAAUUCAGGUCACUGGAAACGUUGGAACAGCACAAGCAAGGAACUCGUUUGCUGUUAGUGUCAUUCGUAAAGUUAAAUCAAAACUUGAAGGAAAAGAUUUUGAUUUAAAUACAAAAAUGAACAUAUCUGAACAGUUUCGCAAUCAAUACGAUAAUGAUACUUCAACUUGGAGUCCUCAAGGCCGUAUUCACCAGAUCGAAUACGCCUUGGAAGCGGUAAAGCAAGGCUCAGCUGCGGUUGGGUUAAGAUCAAAUACUCAUGCUGUAUUAUUGGCAUUAAAGAGAUCUUCUGACGAAUUAGCUUCUUAUCAAAAGAAGCUAAUUCGAAUUGAUGACCAUUUGGGUAUCGCUAUUGCAGGGUUAACUUCGGAUGCACGCGUAUUAAGUAACUUUAUGAGAACAGAAGCAAUGAGAUCCAAAAUGAUAUAUAAUCGACCUUUGCCAAUUUUCCGUAUUGUUUCAGCAAUUGGAGAUAAGGCACAAGCAAACACACAAAACUAUGGUCGUCGACCUUAUGGUGUUGGUCUUUUGGUCGCUGGAUUUGAUGAAACUGGCCCACAUUUAUAUGAAUGUGUUCCUUCUGGGGAUUUCUUUGAGUAUUACGCUAUGUCAAUCGGUGCAAGAUCACAGUCGGCAAAGACAUAUUUAGAAAAAUACUAUGAGAGUUUCGCGGAAGCUUCAUUGGAAGAACUUGUUCGACAUGGACUUCAUGCGCUCCGUGAUACUUUGCAACAGGAUAAAGAACUUAAUAAUCGCAAUUGCUCAAUUGGAAUAGUCGGAGCUGAUCAAAAAUUUCAAAUUAUUGAAGGUGAUGCUUUACAAGAUUAUUUAAAUUUACUAGAUUCAGAUACUCAAGAAGAUCAAGGACAAGCACCAAUGGAAACUGAAGACUAG